GCCACUAUAGCAGCCCCAUCUAACGUUUUACAGUCGCACUUUCUUUUUAUUGAAAUAAUAAAAUAAUAAACAUGUCGCUAACGAAUUAUUAUUCCAUGAUGGGGCUGCAGAGCGAGGAGCCGUUCGGGGCGCAUUUCAUCCCUGGAGGUCUGCAGGGUUCAGCGGGAGGCUGCGUGAAGCCAGGCCGGAGAGGAGCUGCUGCAGCCAGGGAGGAGGAGGAGGAGGAGGGGACCCCUGGAUCCGGAGCACACAUUCCUGAUUUUUCACAUUUUUCCAACAAACAAACGAGCUUAAACGGGUUUUCUCCCUGGGCCAACACCUCCACUAACUCUGCGCCCUCGUCUCCGCAGCUGCAGUCCGCCCAAGGAGCCUCCAUCCCGGGCCUUUUCCAUCCACAUCACCUCCUGAGCCACCACCACCACCACCACCACCACCCCUACUACGGCGCGCAGACGCACAGCCACGCCGAGCACCACGCGUCCUCGGCGGCCUCAGAGAGCAGGUUCGUCCGCUGCUGGGAGGAGAGCGCGUCGACUCCAGCCUCCUCGGACACCUCUCUGGUGCACUUCUCCUCGGCUCAGGGUGACCUGUCCGAGCCGAGCCCGAGGUACGAGCCGGUUAAACCCGAGAGUUCACCUCCACAGUCCCACCACAGCCCCGAGGAUUCCAGCUUCUCCAGGCCGACCGAGGUGGUUCUAGAGCGGCUUGGCACCGUGGAGGAGCUCGGUGCCAAGCCGGAGCCCAAAAAAGAGGAGGAGAGGAAAACCAAGCAGCAGAUUGACCCAGACAAUCCAGCAGCUAGUUGGAUCUACGCCAAGUCCACCAGGAAGAAAAGGUGUCCAUACACCAAACACCAGACCCUGGAGCUGGAGAAGGAGUUCCUCUACAACAUGUACCUGACCAGGGACCGGCGUCUGGAGGUGGCGGGACUCUUAAAUCUGACAGAGAGACAGGUCAAAAUCUGGUUCCAGAACAGACGGAUGAAGAUGAAGAAGCUGAUGAUCCGGGAGAGGAGGCCCGUGAAUGAAUGAUGGAUUUGGAGACGAGGCUGGGGAUGUUUUUUUUUUCAUUUUACUCUCCAGGAUAGGUGAGGAUGUGGUGAUGUAGCUGAUAAAAAAGAAACGCAGUGCACCAAGAAGCCCAAGAUCUUUUAACAUCAGCUGGCACGAGCAGCUGUUACUAAGCAACGGAUUGUGUGUGGAAAACUGCAGUGGUGAAACUCUGUUGGGGGAGACCAGGAUGUGUUGUAACACUUUUACAUAAAAAACAUAUUCCUCAGAAUAAAAAACAUUUACAGAAAGAUCCAUAAAUUGAAUAAAAAAAAAAAAAAAUAACAGUUGAUAUCAAAGACUUUGCUCAUUUUAAAAACUCAUCUGUUUUUUAUAUCUCACAUGUCCAAAAACUGAAACUACUUGACACAUACUUGACUUCACAUAAAUUGUCUGUGCUUUUCUGUCAACAUGCGAAUAGCGUUUUAUGAUUUAAUGCUGAAACUAUUGUCCUCAUAAAAGCUGCUCUCAGUGUGCCAGACGUCUGUUAUGGCCUCAAAUAGUUGCAGAGUGUUUUUUUUUUUUUUUAAAUGAAAUACUUGUGGAGGUGAAGCCUAAGCAAACAGAAGCCUGACCACUUAAUCAUGAUAACAGACUAAAAGAGAGACAAGAGAGGGACACAAAAUCAGAGAGAUGAUGUACAAAGGAAUAUGAGAAAUUGAUGCAUUUAAUUGAUCCCUUUAUUAUCUUUAAUUUAAAGGUACAAUCUGUUCUCCUUGGUUUAAAAUACUGCAAUUUAAAAGUUGAGUGUGUCCAUAUUGUUGGUUUAAAAUACUGUAAUUUGAAGUGAUUUGCAUGGUCCACUGUCAAUGUGCUGCUAUUCAGUCUCAUUGCUUCUGGUUGACGACACCACUACUCCCACAAAAAUGUGAGUCUGUGUUGUCAGGCUAUUAAAUAGGCGUUAUCAGUAAGCACCACAGAUGUGGGUCAGU